GCCGUUUGUUGGAACGCAAUUUUGACUUUGGGAAGAGAGGCGAAAGGCAAAGUUGACGAUGGCAGUCCUGUCUUGGCUGGUGUUGUUUGGUUGCGGCUAUGUGACGGCGGCAGUGCUGUACCUCCUGCACAUGGAGCACAGCGUGCUCAUCAUCCGGCCAACCAUCUCCACAAAUGCACUGUUUGUUGCAGCUGGACUGACCACGUUGUUCAUCGGACUUCUCUUCCCUGCUGUCGACAAGUUCUUCAACAACAAGCCCCGGCCACAAGCAUGGUCGCUGGUGUUGCGGUCCAUUCUCGCCUUGAUUGGCGUGGCAAUCGCGGCAGUGCGGUUCCCAUCGCAGCGCAGCCACGAGCUCAACAUCUCUCUCCUCAUCAUGGCGUCAUCCAUGUGGUGGCUUGUCGACGGCACGGCCGUUGGCCUGGGCACUGCCGUGGCUGUCACCAGCUUCGGCAUCACUGCGUCCCAGUACCUCAGCUACCUAGGCGUACUGGAGUGGGCACAGCCGGACUUCUUCUACGUGCAAGCCACCCUGAUCCCCAUCUUGUUCCUAGCCACCAUGUCCUUUGGCCUCCUUGGUCGACAGCUCGCACGAAGAUGA